GACCGAAUGCCCAGGCUUGCAUUCAUAGGCCAGUCCCAUCACCCCAAAUUCCUUACUGUGGCUCGAAUUUUCAGAUGGAAGCCUCACACCUAAGAAAACAAAUUUGGCAGGAAAAGGUCUGCGUUUUAGAGCUACUGAAAGGAGCAAGACAAUGCAGCAGGUCUGCAGAAGAGACAGGAAUAGAGCCCAGGUGUCCCUGAUCCCAUUGGACUGCUGGAGCCCCCCGACUGCAAAAAAUAUUUAUAUCCUUCAGAAGCAGCUGCAGUCUGCUUCCCCAUCCAGCUACCCCAAAGUAGCAGCACCAUUAGGUCAUUGCAUACAUGCUGGCAUGUGGCUGGUGAGAAGAAUAGACAGCCAAACCAUCAGACUCACGAGCAGAAAGUGUCUGUGCUGCCCAAGCCCUUCUAAGGAGUUUCAUCGUUUGCAAGGAAACAAGAAGAGAAUAAAACAGGGGGAAGAGAAAUCAGGACCUGAAUCUACUCUGAAGGCCAAGAUCUCUUGAGCUUUCCCUGGAAGUCAGCUUCAAAGGAAGAAACAGUUAAAAGGAUUUGAGAAAAGAGAGACAUGUGCCUGAAUGGUGGUAAGCAGCUUGCAGAGAAACACUUGGAAGAGUCCUCUUUAUGGGUUUGAACUCUAAGGAUCCCUGAAUAUAAAACAAUAAGCAACAAUUGAGCAGACUUAAAGUUUGACAGAGGCCGAGACUGUGCAUGUGGAAGAAUCUGAGGCGCAAUGAAACUUCCUGAGAACAGCCCUGGAAGGAUGAGCGCUGGUGCAGAUGGAGGCUGGGACAUCAAGAGGUGCCAGCAGAGGCUCUGAGCCUUUGCACACAGCCAGAGUGACCAGAAUUCUACUCAAGGCUGGGAAACAGGACUUCUUAAAGCAUCAUGCCUUUCAAAGCAUUACCAGUUUGGACCUCCUUCUGCUUUCAUGUAACAGUGGAGUUGGGUGGGGAUCAGUAAACCUGCUACCAGCCUCUCAUUUCUGCCACCAGUUUACCCAUCCAGAGAAGCGAACCUCGGCAUCCCGGCGCUGUCGGCGCAUGAAUGAGAAAACAUCGCCCGCUAGUGGCUCGGGCCGCGGGAGCUGCUGCUCUGCUGAUGCUGCUCCAGCAACUGUGCUGGGACAAGGGACAAGGCGGGUGGCUCUCCUUCCUCCUGCCCUCGGAUAAAAUCAGCAUCCCUCUGGAAAAGGUUGUCUCUGAGCUGAGCGAGAAGAGAGGUUCUGAAUGGAAGCGCUUAAGAAAUGGGUGACUGGAGUUUCUUGGGGAACAUUUUAGAGCAGGUGAACGAGCAAUCCACUGUCAUCGGGAGAGUUUGGCUCACAGUGCUCUUCAUUUUCCGCAUCCUGAUCCUGGGAACGGCGGCCGAGCUGGUGUGGGGAGACGAACAGUCAGACUUUGUGUGCAACACCCAGCAACCUGGUUGUGAGAACGUCUGCUAUGACGAGGCCUUCCCCAUCUCCCACAUCCGGCUCUGGGUCCUGCAGAUCAUUUUUGUAUCCACGCCUUCGCUGAUGUACUUUGGGCAUGCUGUGCACCACGUCCGCAUGGAGGAGAAGAGGAAAGAGAGGGAGGAAGCUGAGCGGCGCCAGCAGGCCGAGGUGGACGAAGAGAAGCUGCCCCUUGCUCCAAACCAAAACAAAGGCAACAACCCUGAUGCAACCAAGAAGUUUCGCCUGGAAGGUACUCUCCUGAGAACGUAUAUCUUCCACAUCAUUUUCAAAACCCUCUUUGAGGUGGGAUUCAUAGUAGGUCAGUACUUCCUGUAUGGCUUCCGGAUUCUCCCCCUUUACCGCUGCGGGCGGUGGCCCUGUCCCAAUCUUGUGGACUGUUUUGUCUCCAGGCCCACGGAGAAGACCAUCUUUAUUAUGUUCAUGUUGGUGGUGGCUGCCGUAUCCCUCUUCCUCAACCUGGUGGAGAUCAGUCACUUGAUCCUGAAAAGAAUCCGGAGGGCUCUGAGAAGACCAGCAGAGGAACCGCUUGGAGAGGUCCCGGAGAAGCCUCUCCCUGCCAUCACAGUCCCCACCAUCCCAAAGGCCAAAGGCUACAAGCUGCUGGAAGAAGAGAAGCCGGUGUCCCUCUAUUUCCCUCUCACGGAAGUAGGGGUUGAGCCCAGCCCCCUUCCAUCAGCCUACAAUGAGUUUGAGGAGAAGAUUGGGGUGGCUCCACUGGAAGAUCUCUCCAGGGCAUUUGAUGAGAGGUUGCCAUCGUAUGCACCAGCUAAGGAACCAGAAGAGGAGAAAGUAAGAGCGGAGGAGGAGGAGGAGCUAGAAGAGCAGCCUGAGGAGCCAGGGGUGAAGAAAGCAGAAGAGGAGGUGGUGAGCGAUGAAGUGGAAGGGCCUUCAGCACCUGCUGAACUCGCCACCGAUAUGAGACCCCUCAGCAGGCUAAGUAAAGCCAGCAGCCGGGCCAGGUCAGAUGAUUUGACUGUAUGAAGGUGCAGGAUACAGGGAGCACAUGAAAAGGAAAAAGUUGAAGAGAAAAGGAGAGAUAGAGAAAGAAUCAAAAGAUAUUUUUAAGCAAA